AUGAGACAGUGGCUUGAUCUUGAGCCUCUGGCCGAUCCAGCGUUUGGAACACCUCGCCGUGUAGACAUUCUGCUUGGAGUCGACGUUUACCACCGCCUCAUCGAACUAGGUUACAUUCAGCAUGACGAGCUCGUCGGACAUCGCACGGCUCUUGGCUGGACUCUCGUCGGCCGUGCCCCUGGCCUGGGCUCGAAUGCCCUCAUCGCAGGCACAACUCUGCACACGAACACCCAGUCGCCCUGGGAUCAAGAGCUGGCUGCGCAGCUCCAACGAUUCUGGGAGAUCGAGGAGGUGCCACAUGUCAGCCGCCGAGCGCCUGAGGAUGUGGAAUGCGAGCGAAUCUUCGCCGAUUAUUAUUGCGCUGACGACGGGCGUUACAUUGUGCGACUUUCGCUGAAGCAUGACGCUGUGCGCCUCCUUGGUGACAGUCUGCAGGGCGCCACCGCUGGCUUACGCUCGUUGCAUCGUCGGCUGCAGCGGACUCCUGAGACGGCUUCUGAGUACGCCCGGUUCAUGGCAGAGUACAUUGCCCUCAGUCAUAUGAAGCCCCUUACUGAUGACCAACUCGCUGCAUCGCACCGUCCAGUGCACUAUAUCUAA